AAGUGUCACGCACAAGAGUAAGGUCGCAAAUGGUUCGUCUUCACCAAGCCGUAUAACGUUAACAGCAAUCGCCUUUACUCCACAUGCCGAUGACCUUCCUGAUGCAGAAACCACUUGACUCCUUCUAUGGAUGGCAUUAUUACUCGUCUGGCAAGAGAGCACUGAUUAGAUUUCACGAUUGAAUUAUUGCCGAUCCUCCCUUUUUGAGCUCGCUCUCUCUUUACGUGCUCCUCUCCAGCGACUUCUCUCCCUUCUUAGCGUUCACGCACAAUUCAUUCAUACCCUCAUGGCCGACGAGAAAGUGGACACGCUCAAGCAGGGGGAUGUCGGGAUCGAGUCCUACGAAGAGCGUAGCGCAGAUUCGCUCGAUGAGGCGGACAUGCAACGUCUUGGAAAGGCGCAGGUGUUCAAGAGAAACUUCCGCGUCCUUUUCAUAUUGGCCUUUUCCGUCCUGACCAUCUCGGGCUGGGUCUACGUUCCCAGCACUUUGACAUACGGACUAUACAAUGGAGGCACCGGCGGCGUAUUCGCCAUGUUUAUGUUCGAGUUUGCAGGUCUCUUCCUGGUCAUACUGUGCUUGGCCGAGAUGUCGUCGAUUGCGCCGACGGCAGGCGGUCAAUACCACUGGACAUCGGAAUUCGCGCCACGGAGCCUGCAAAAGAUACUCAGUUACUACUCCGGAUGGCUGGCAUCCCUCGCAUGGCUCUCUGGUGUGACGGGCGGAAUGUAUCCUGCCGGGUUCACCCUGCAGGGCCUUAUCCUCCUCGCCAACCCAGACUUCAACCCGCGACCAUAUCAGUGCUAUCUAUUCGUCGUGAUGAUUGCGACCACUGGCCUCCUAGUUAAUACUCUUCUGGCUCGAUACCUCCCUAAGCUGGAGAGUUUCAUCUUUGUCGUCUUCGCUCUAGCCUUCGUAGCUGUCAUUGCUGUGCUGUGGGUUCUGCCCACGCAUUUAACUGCCGCCGAGGUCUUUCAAAAUUUCCAGAAGGGUGACGGCUGGAGCAGUCUGGGAUUGAGCAUGCUUGUCGGUCAGAGCAACUUGCUUUUCCUAAUAAUUGGAUCGGACGCUACGGCGCACAUGGCCGAAGAGACCAAGCACGCGAGCACGAUUGUCCCCAAAAUCAUGGUCUCGAGCUAUCUCAUCAACGGCUUCUCCACGAUGGUCGUGCUCAUCACUUACUGCUUCUGCUUGGUCGACUACAACGCCGCCGAAAACUCGCCAGUCGGCGUCCUCGGACUUCCGUACCUGCAAGUCUUCGCCCGCGUCACCGGCUCAAUCGGAGGCGGACAGGGCCUCGCCGCAGUCCUCGUGCUGCUCCAAAUCGUCGGCACAAUCAACUUCAUGACGACCUGCUCGCGCCAGAUCUUCGCGUUUGCCCGCGACAACGGCCUCCCCUUCAGUCGCUGGAUCGCACGAGUCGACCGCAGCGGAACCUACCCCGUCAACGCCGUGUUCGUCGUCUGGACAUUCAUCGUCCUCCUCACGCUCAUCACGCUAGGCAGCACCAUUGCCUUUGAAGCCAUCACUUCCCUCACCAUGCUCGCGCUCUUCAGCACCUACACCAUCUCUUGCACGUGUCUCUUCUGGCGGAGGUGUUUCGGCGGCGGAGUGCGGAGGGGGCCAUGGACUCUUGGACGCUUCGGCAUCCCGAUCAAUUUCCUCGCGCUCUGUUAUUGCUUCUUCGUCCUUACGUUUUUGCCGUGGCCGGUGACUGUGCCGGUGGUGCCGGCGAAUUUCAAUUGGUCGUCGGUCAUUUACGUGGGUAUACUCGUGUUUUCCACGGGGUACUACGUGUUGUUUGCGAGGAAGCAGUAUGCCGGGCCGGUGGUGUAUACAAAGCCGUAUUUGCGGUAGUCUGAUCUGCGAUACUGCAUGUACGUCGAUUUCGAUCGUUUCGGGAGUGGCGGAGUCGCAGGCUUCGAUGAAGGAAGAGGGCUGUCGCCAGCGGAUCAUCAAAGCUGCUCACGUGGUCGUGUUUCCGACGUCUCCGUUGUAAGCGACCAGUGCUUUGCAGAUGGCGUUCCAUUGCUGAUGGACAAAGGUCGGAAGACGCUAAAGCAGACUGCAAGGCAUCCAUAUUAAGGACCGGCGCUGCUGUUACAACAAUGCGCCUUGCCCCUCGCAUUUGAAUACGAGUCUGACAAAGCCGGUCGCUAACGAAAUCCCGUUGCCUAAGUUAGCAUUUACCGGAGGGUAGCGAGAAGCGAGGAGCGAUUCAUCUAUGCAUCUAAUAGGGUUGCGGUUAUAAAUAAAAAAUAGGAGGGUGGCUGGUUCAGGCAACAAGGAUCGGGCU